AACUUGGUCACAAGACAGAAUAUCUAUUUAAAAAAGCUUUUCUCCUUGAGAUAGACUAAGUUCAUCAUAACAGCCAGAAGAUGUUUGAUUUUUUUUUUUUUUCCCCCUUUGGCCUAUCAGACGUCUUUCCACUCAUUAACAAGGACCUGGAGAGAAGAGCGGCGCAUGCGCGAGUCGCAGUCGCCGGUGUCGCUUGUCGCAUCCUUCCGUCUCAAGUCACCUACCUAGUGCUUGUGGCCGCGGCGUCUGGCUUUGGCGCGUGGCCGCCAUGGGCAAAGUGAACGUCGCUAAGUUGCGUUACAUGAGCCGGGAUGACUUCAGGGUCCUGACAGCGGUUGAAAUGGGCAUGAAGAACCAUGAAAUAGUUCCAUGCAGUUUGGUUGCUUCCAUAGCAAGCCUUAAACAUGGUGGCUGUAACAAAGUUUUAAGAGAAUUAGUGAAACAUAAACUCAUAGCUUGGGAGCGUACCAAAACUGUCCAGGGCUAUCGGUUGACAAAUGCAGGCUAUGAUUACUUAGCUUUGAAAACACUUUCUGCUAGACAAGUGGUUGAGUCUGUUGGAAAUCAGAUGGGCGUUGGCAAAGAAUCUGAUAUAUAUAUUGUUGCAAAUGAAGAAGGACAGCAGUUUGCAUUAAAACUUCACCGAUUGGGAAGAACCUCCUUUCGAAAUCUGAAAAACAAACGUGAUUACCAUAAACAUAGGCAUAACAUGUCUUGGCUUUAUUUAUCUCGUCUCUCUGCCAUGAAGGAAUUUGCAUAUAUGAAGGCGUUGCAUGAAAGGAAGUUUCCAGUACCCAAGCCCAUUGACUAUAAUCGUCAUGCAGUAGUCAUGGAACUCAUAAAUGGCUACCCUCUUUGUCAAGUGCACCAUGUUGAAGAUCCUGCAUCAGUCUAUGAUGAAGCUAUGGAACUAAUAGUCAAACUUGCAAAUCACGGAUUGAUUCAUGGAGAUUUCAAUGAAUUCAAUCUCAUUUUGGAUAAAGAUGACCAUAUUACCAUGAUUGAUUUCCCACAGAUGGUUUCCACUUCUCAUCCCAAUGCUGAAUGGUAUUUUGAUAGAGAUGUUAAAUGCAUUAGAGACUUUUUCAUUAAGCGUUUCAGCUAUGAAAGUGAACUUUAUCCAACCUUCAGUGACAUCAGGAGGGAGGAAUCUCUUGAUGUAGAGGUUUCUGCCAGUGGCUACACAAAGGAGAUGCAGGCUGACGAUGAACUACUUCAUCCAGUAGGCCCAGAGGACACGGUGGAGCAGGCACCGGACUUCUGUUUUUCUGAUGAAGAGACACCAGAAAAAGCAACGGUCUCUCGAUCAGAAAAUGAAAGUGAACAAAACUCCACAGAUCAGUCAGGAGGCAGGCCAUCCCGUGACCUUGACCAAUUAAAGGAAGACAGUCUAUCCACGGAGAGUGCUGAUGCACACGAUUUUAAAAUGACUGAACUGAGUGAAGCUUUAGGGGAAGUGAAAGAAGUCGUUGAAAAUAACUCUGAGACUGGCAUUUCUGAGGAGAAAAAGAAAACCGAAGAUGGUAUCUGGCAAGAGAAACAGACAGGACACAGAGGAUUCCCUACGCACUUUGAAGAGCAGGAGGAAGAAUGCCCUUCUCUCAUUGCUUUGUCAUUAAACAAAGAAGUCAGACCUUCAAGAGAUGAAGAAAAUAUGGAAAAUACUGAACAACAUAGAACAAGAACCCUUAGUAUUACUUCUGUGGGUAGUGUUGCAAGCUGCUCGACAAUUCCUCCGGAACUGGUGAAACAGAAGGUGAGGCGUCAGCUGACGAAACAACAAAAAUUGGCUGUUCGGCGUAGGCUGCAAAAAGGAGAAGCAAAUAUAUUUACGAAGCAACGGAGAGAAAACAUGCAAAACAUCAAAUCAAGCUUGGAAGCAGCCAGCUUUUGGGGAGAAUAGUGUAUUUAAGUCUCUUGGAUAUUCCUGUAAAUUGUUCCAAAACUUACCACCCUUCCUCUUUAAGACAUUUUAAAUAAACCCUCUGUGCUCUGUAAAUGUGA